UGUAACUAGCGGAAUAUUUACAGAGCAGAUGUGGUGAUCUGAAAUGGAUAUAUGCGGCCCAUGCAAGUUUAGAAAUGAGGACAAAAAGGCAAUUAAAUAUUGUUUGACAUGUGAGGAAUCACAAUGCAAUACAUGUGCUGAUAUUCACGCAAGUAGUAAAGCUACCAGAAAACACCUUUUAUUAGCAAUUACCGACCUAAACAAAACAUCAAAGACUACUGAAGACUUAGAAAAGUUUCAAAACUGCAAUGACCAUACCGACAAGAAAAUUGAGUUUUUCUGCAUAGAUCAUGAACAUUUCUUGUGCAGUACUUGUUUACUGAAUAUAAGUGAGCUUAAAUGUAAAUCAAUUGUUGAUAUUGAAACUGGGGGUGAACAUCUCCUUACAACUAGAUUCAACGAAAGAAUAUCAAAAGAUUUAGACGAUGUUACAAAUUAUUGUAGAGAACAAGAAAACGAAAUCCAGCGCAUGAUUGAAAAAGGUCACCUGAACAAGCAAGAAAUUCAAAAAUAUAUAACUGACCUUAAACAUAAAGUGAUAAAUCAGUUUGAAAAGUGUGAGAAGGAUAUACUAGACAAAGUCGAUACAACUGUAGAGAAGCGUAAUUCAGAGCUGAAAAGUCAACAAACCGUUCUUAAGGAGGCUCGCACAACGGCCUCAGGAAACAGAGAUAUGCUGCACAAAAUUGUUGGUAAUAACUCAAGUGCUGAUAUAUUCCGAUGCUCGUUCUCAUUAAUCGAACAGAUGGAGAGGCUCCCGAUUAACGAAGUUUCUAUGACAACAGAAAUUUGCAGUCAUUCAGUUGAACUAUCUCCUAUUAUGUACGCAUUCACAAAGUCCGUUGACAGCCAUCCUCUUAUGUAUUGCAAAACAACAACAAGCAUGAGUACACAACAAAUUUUUUUGAAAAUUACAGAAGACAAAGGAAGCUUCCUCAAGACAACAAAACAAGUUGCUCUCAAAAGAGAUCAAGAACUUUCCGAUGAUUAUAUGUGCUCUAGUUCCGACGUAGAUGUAGAAGGUUCUAAUGCAGAUUCGAAAGACGUGCCUGCAAAAGAUUUUAAAGUAAAGCCAAUGGAAGGUUCAGAUAAAACAGCUAAAGAAAACGUGCAAUCAGAUGGAAGUUUAGAUAAGGAAAAAGAUUCAUGGCUUGUUCAUAUUUCAGAUAACGUUGUAACAACACCUGAUGGUAAACAACCGGAGAUAACAGAUAUCGCCACAUUAACAGAUGGUUGUAUUAUCUUGUCUGACAGUAAAUGGUCAAGACUGUUGCGCUUUACGACAGAUCUUACUCAUAAAGACACAGCAGAACUGUCGCAUCCACCAGGAAAGUUGGCGGUUCUUAACGAUCAAUUUCUUGUGGUUUGCUUACCAACUGGAAACCGUAUUGCAUUUGUAUCAGUAUCCUCUGGAUUUAAAUGGAUGAGAAACGUUAAAACCCUGCAUUCUCCAAGAGGGAUCCAAACUCUCGAUAAUAGCCAUCUUCUUGUGUCAAUGAAAGGUACUUCUUAUAGAAAAUGGCAUCUGCAUGUUAUUACGACAGAUGGUAAGUUGAAGCAGGACAUCGGAAAAACAAGGUCUAUUCAAGACGCUUUUAUGGUUUCGGCUAUCAAAUCAACACAUGCGUCUCCUAGAUAUUACCUCCAGUGUUGCACAAUAACGGGCGCGCUCUAUUGUUACUCUGUGGAUGGAAAAGAGCUGUUUAAAUAUAGCGUCAGGUCUCCAAAAUACUUAUAUGUUGAAAAAUCAGGCAAUAUUUAUCUACUAGAUUCAUUUGGCAAGCUUCAUAUACUAGACUCAGACGGAAAGCGUCUCCAAACCUGUGAUGUUCCAAAAGAGGCAAAUGGAUUAACAUGCAGCAAUACAAAGAACAAGCUCUUUUUAACUAAACAUUCAUCACCGGUAAUUAAUGUUUUUCAGGUAGUGAAUAGACAAAGCGUAGUCUAAACAUGGGAGUUUGCGUGUGUGCGCGUCCGUGCGCGUGUGCGUUCCAUGUUUAAAGGUGUAUUUCCGAUAACUUUAAUUCUGAAUGCAAUAAAGAGUGUAGAGACAUGAAUACUACAUGUAAUACAAAAAAGAAUUAUUUACUGCUGCACUAUGAAAAUAAAUAAAGCAAAUUUA